AUGGUUCAAGCCGACGCGCAAUUUGCGAAUUCCAUCAAACUAAUAUGGUUGCAGUCUCGGGCCCUGAUGGUCGGCGCCGGUGGCAUCGGCUGCGAACUCCUCAAGAACCUAGUCCUCCAAGGCUUUGGCGAAAUACACGUCGUUGACCUCGACACGAUCGAUCUGAGCAAUCUCAACCGGCAAUUCCUCUUCCGCACCGAUCACAUUGGAAAGCCAAAAGCCCUGGUCGCAAAGGAUGUCGCGCAGACUUUCAAUCCCCAGGCAAAGAUCGAAGCCCACCAUGCAAACAUCAAGGAAUCACAGUUCAACGUCGAGUGGUUCCGAGGGUUCAACAUUGUUUUCAAUGCGCUCGACAACAUGGAGGCGAGACGGCAUGUGAACAAGAUGUGCUUGGCGGCAGACGUGCCCUUGAUCGAGAGCGGGACUACGGGAUUCAAUGGCCAGGUUCAGGUCAUCAAGAAGGGCGUCACCGCCUGCUAUGAUUGCACUCAAAAAGAUGCGCCAAAGUCAUUCCCUGUGUGCACAAUCCGAAGCACGCCCAGCCAACCGAUCCAUUGCAUAGUCUGGGCCAAGAGCUACCUGCUGAACGAGAUGUUCGGUGCCAGCGAAGACGAGUCUGCCUUUGAUCAUUCAGACGACCAAGAUAACGCGAAGGAGAUCGAGGAGCUGAAGAAGGAAUCCGAGGCGCUGAAGUCUAUUCGCGAGUCUGUUGGCUCGGAAAAGUUCCCUCAGUUGCUGUUCGACAAGGUGUUCAAGACUGAUAUCGAGCGCCUUCGCUCAAUGGAAGACAUGUGGAAGUCGAGGCAAGCACCCCAGUCACUGGACUACCAAACCUUGCUUGAAAAGGCAGGCGAGGCUCUAGCGGCCAAAGACACGAUUCUGCAGGAUGGCCAAAAGGUCUGGAGUCUUGAGGAGAGUCUCGUUGUCUUCAACGAUAGCUUGGACCGGCUCAGCAAGCGCAUGGCCGACUUGAGGAAGUCACACGACGGGUCCGGACCUGCGCCUAUGAUCGAGUUCGACAAGGAUGACGAAGACACACUCGACUUCGUUGCGGCCAGCGCAAACAUUCGAUCCACCAUCUUCGGCAUUGAGCACAAGUCUCGAUUCGACAUCAAACAGAUGGCUGGAAAUAUCAUACCAGCCAUUGCGACCACCAAUGCUAUCGUCGCUGGUCUCUGUGUGCUUCAGGCCUACAAAGUGCUUAAGGGCGAGUACAACAAAGCCAAAGAGGCCUUCCUGUCACCAUUCUCGUCGGGCUUACCAGCCCGACUCAUCUCAGCCGACAGACCGCAACCACCAAACCCGCACUGUCCCGUCUGCAGUGUCUUCCAGACUAGCGCAUAUGUCGAUCUCUCUCGGGCGACCCUGAAGGACCUGGUCGAAGAUUUCUUGAGACUGCAGCUGGGCUAUGGUGAGAAGGAGAUAGCUGUGUCUACUGACGCAGGUAUCUUGUACGACCCCGACGAGACGGAGCACCUUUCAAAGAAAUUGACCGACCUGGGGAUCAAACCCGACACUUUCUUGACUGUCACCGAUGAGGACGACGCCGAGCCAUUCGUCAACCUAGUCCUUAACAUUCAGGAAGCCAAGGAAGAACAGCCUGAAAAGCCGGUCAAGGCUCUCUCAGACGACAAGCCUGAGAUACCGAAAAAGCCAAAGAAGGAGCCUGCAGGAACCUCGAUAGCUGCACCGUCAUCGAAUGGGAAGCAUGAGCCUGAUGAAAGCAACCGGGGGUCCAAGAGGGAGCACGAGGACGAGCUCGAGGAGUCAGGUCCGAAGAAGAUCAGAAAGACUGGCGACUCGAGCGCAAAGGGCGAGGACGCGGUCGUUGUGGAUGACGACGGUGGCAGCGGUGCAAUCUUGAUCGACGACGACUGA